CGAACUCCGACUAGAAAUUGCCUUCGCUGCGCAGAAUUAUAGGUACCCCACCAAGACUCAGAGUUGGUAAAAGUGAGGGCAGGGAGGCCUACAGCCUCAGGAGGGAGAUUGCAAGUUGCAAAAAGGCGAGGAAAGGGGCGGAGAUUAUUACCUGACAUAUACCUAGACGGGGGUAUUGUUGACAAUCAGGCAACGAAGAUGGCUGCAAAGGACUACCUUGCGGAGGAGCGCAGGAAUCCAGCUUUUGAUCUGCAUGCAAUGACGAAUCUGAUCUAUGGAGGGCCGGAGAAAGCAGAGAAAUGGAAGGAGCUCAGUCGCCUGGUGGCAGCAGACCCUGUGUUCCGCAAGGACGAUAAGUACCACCUCUCCAGGCCAGAGGCGUUCAAGAGGGCCCUGGAAAAGGUCAAGCAGGCUUACAAGCGGGUCCACGAACUUGGUCUAGACGCUGCCGACUCCCGCCUGUUCCGUGUGCUUGUGGACGAGCUUCAGGGCUCCGAUUUGCACCAUGGCAUGUUCAUCCCCACAAUCGAAGGGCAGGGAACAGAGGAGCAGAAGGCGAAAUGGCUGCCGCUGGCCAACAGCUAUGCGAUCCUUGGCUGCUACGCCCAGACCGAGAUGGGCCACGGCUCAAACGUUCAAGGCCUGGAGACGACCGCUGACUACGACAUUACCACGCAAGAGUUCGUCAUCAACAGCCCCACCCUGACAUCGACAAAGUGGUGGCCUGGAGGCCUUGGCAAGUUCUCGACACACGCAGUGGUGUUUGCCCGGCUGAGAACAAAGGGAGCAGAUCAUGGAGUACACCCCUUCAUUGUCCAGCUGCGAAGUUUGGACGAUCACCGCUCUCUUCCUGGGAUCACUGUGGGAGACAUUGGGACCAAGUUUGGGCUGGGUGCCUACUUCACCGUCGAUAACGGACUGCUCCGAUUGGACCACGUCAGAGUGCCGCGGGACCAGCUGCUCAUGAGGUACGCAAAAGUCAGCCCUGACGGAACCUACUCGAAGCCCCCUCACGCGAAGCUGGCGUAUGGAGCCAUGGUCUACGUCCGGGCGGGGAUCGUGGAAGGGGCGGGGCAUUACCUGGCAAAGGCAGUGACGAUUGCGACCAGGUACAACGCAGUGCGGCGUCAAUUUGGCGGCAAGGUUGGACUCGAGACGCAGAUCAUCGAGUACAAGACGCAACAACACCGGCUCUUUCCCCUUCUCGCCUCUGCCUACGCUUUUACCUUCACUGGCAAGUGGAUGCGCAAGUUGUACACAGAGGUCAUCGAUCAGCUGAACCGAGGUGACGUGUCCGGCCUCCCCGAGGUGCACGCCAGCACCGCGGGCCUCAAGGCGCUGACCACCAGCUUCACGGCAGACGGCAUCGAGGAGUGCCGUAAGCUAUGCGGCGGAAACGGAUACCUUAUGGCGUCCGGCCUGCCCGACCUCUACUGCGCCUACGUGCCUGCGUGCACAUACGAGGGGGACAACUACAUCCUCUUUCUGCAGGUGGCACGGUAUCUCAUGAAGGUGGCAUCACAACUGGCCAACGGAGAGAAGCCGUCGGGGGCUGCUCAGUACUUGGGGGAUGCCCAGCGCCUCUGUUCCGUCCAGUGUCCGGCAAAAUCCGCAGCGGACUUCCUGCGGCCAGAAGUGCAAUUAGAGGCGCUCUCGGCUCGGGCGGCGCGGCUGGUGAUUGGGAACGGGAUGAGAAUACAAGGGGCCAAGAACUUCGAGAAAGCCAUCGCCGACUCCGCCGUUGAGAUGGUCCGCAUGUCGCGAGCGCACUGUCAACAAAUCGUCGUGAGCAAAUUCAUCGAGCAGGUGCAGGGCGACAUUGAGGGACGGGGCGUGCGUGACCAGCUGGUGCUGCUGUGCAACCUGUACGCGGUGUCCCAGAUCGAGGCGAACUUGGGCGACCUUCUCGAAGUGGGCUAUCUCAAGCCCAAGCAGGCGAGCUGGGUGCAUGAGGCACUGGCAGAGCUGCUGAUUCAGGUCCGGCCGCAGGCGGUGAACCUGGUGGAUGCCUUCUCCUUCUCGAAUCAUUACCUGGGCUCCGCACUGGGCCGGUACGAUGGUGACGUGUACACCGACCUGUAUGCGCGAGCCUGGAAAGAGCCGCUCAACAGUACAGACGUUGUGGACGGUUAUACGGAGCACCUUCGGCCACUGAUUAAGCAACAGGUGUGGCCGGUGCAUUCACGGCUCUAGCAAUGGACACUUCUGCUACAUUACGAGGCACGCAACGUCAGCUAGAGGAUUCUAUUUGCUCAUUGGAUGUGCGCUCCAAAAGCAAUUGCACUACUAAGAUCGACGCGCUUUCAGCAUAUUGCCCCUCGCUCAACAACCUUGCUGGGCGUAAUAUUCGUGUAUUUCCAACAUUUUGAGAUCAGUCACAAAAUUGCAUCCGCUGUUCUGACCUUCUGCAAUAAGAUUUCCUUGAGAUCCGUUUGUUUGGGUAGUGACAACUCAGAACUGGCUUAACGAAGAUAGCAAUACUCAUUAUGAAAUCGAGUGAGGAACAAAGCAGAGAACUUGAGUCUGCAAGGAGCCUCAUAUAAGUUUCAAUCUGUGGGAGUAAGUAUCAAGGAUACAUUCCAUUGUUGAUAAAUGAGGUUGACCUGCAAUUAGCUGAUUGUUGGUAAAUGAUGAUGGACCUGCAAUUAACAAUUCGUUUUUGCGAUGGCGACGUAGGCCACUAAGGCUUCUCAAAGC